AUGGGCGCAUCCGGGUCCCAUCACCAAAUCAGCACACGCUACCAAACGGCGGCCCCUUGCCCCAGUUGCAACCUUGGUUUGUGUAUCCGACAUGUACCAGAACCGGAUUCCGCCCCCACUAUUUUGAGACUUUUGACUCCUGGACCCUACUUGGUUACCACGGAUCGACGACUUUCUUGCGGUUCUUUCGCUUCCAGACUAUUUCGCUGCUACAAAAAAGAACCCCAUCAAAGCGUUGAUCAUGGAGAGAGGAUGUCCCAUCGAUCAAUCAAGUGGUAG